AUGAUCGCAGACGCCCAGGCCGAAGGCCACCUCCUCGUUGUCUCGGCUGUUGUCCGUGACCUUAUCGCCGCCUACGAGGCCGCCAGCACCUCGUCGGCACCUCCUCAAAUCCCCAACGUUAGCCAUCUCCGCGCAAAGUACGCCAAGAAGUUUGGCUGCAAUGCGACCCCACGUCUCACAGAUGUGCUUGCCGGUGUGCCAGACGAGUGGAAGGAGAGGCUCCGUGGAUGGCUCCGUGCUAAGCCUGUGCGUACGGCUAGUGGUGUCGCUGUCGUGGCCGUCAUGUGCAAGCCCCACCGUUGCCCCCACGUUGCCAUGACCGGUAACAUUUGCGUUUACUGCCCCGGCGGACCGGACUCGGACUUUGAGUACUCGACACAGUCGUACACUGGUUACGAGCCGACUUCCAUGCGCGCCAUUCGCGGCCGCUAUGACCCAUACGAGCAAACGCGCGGACGCGUCGAGCAGCUUCGGUCGCUGGGCCACGACGUUGACAAGGUCGAGAUUAUCCUCAUGGGUGGUACCUUUAUGAGCAUGCCCGAGGCAUACCGACACGAGUUUAUCGCUGGCCUGCACAACGCGCUCAGUGGAGCGACGGCCACCGACGUCGACGAGGCCGUCAAGUUUAGUGAGCAGAGCAAGACCAAGUGUGUUGGAAUCACGAUCGAGACUCGCCCCGACUACUGCCUCAAGCCCCACCUCAGCCAGAUGCUGCGGUACGGCUGUACUCGACUUGAGAUUGGCGUGCAGAGCGUGUACGAGGACGUGGCACGCGACACCAACCGUGGCCACACCGUCCGCGCCGUCUCCGAGUCGUUCCACAUGAGCAAAGACGCGGGAUACAAGAUUGUCGCGCACAUGAUGCCCGACCUGCCCAACUGUGGUGUCGAGCGUGAUAUCUGGCAGUUCCAGGAAUUCUUCGAGAACCCUGCGUUCCGUUCCGACGGUCUGAAGCUCUACCCCACCCUCGUCAUUCGCGGUACCGGUCUGUACGAGCUCUGGCGUACGGGCAAGUACAAAAACUACCCGCCCAACCAGCUCGUCGACAUUGUGGCGCGUAUCAUGGCCCUCGUCCCUCCCUGGACCCGCGUCUACCGUGUGCAGCGUGACAUUCCCAUGCCCCUCGUGUCGUCGGGUGUCGAGAACGGCAACCUGCGUGAACUGGCCCUUGCACGCAUGAAGGACUUUGGCGCCGAGUGUCGAGACGUCCGUUUCCGCGAAGUUGGCCUGCACGAGAUCCACAACCGCGUGCGUCCGCAGGACCUGGAGCUUCUGCGCCGCGACUACACGGCCAACGGCGGCUGGGAGACGUUCCUCUCGUACGAAGACCCCGGAGCAGACAUUCUCGUCGGUCUCCUUCGUCUCCGCAAGUGUAGCGAGGAAGGUACGUUCCGCAAGGAACUCGUUGGUAUGGCUGGUGGCUGCUCCUUGGUCCGCGAGCUGCAUGUGUAUGGUACCGCCGCUCCGGUGCACUCGCGUGACCCCAAAAAGUUCCAGCACCAAGGUAUCGGCACGCUCCUCAUGGAGGAAGCCGAGCGUAUCGCGCGCGACGAGCACGGCAGUACCAGGAUCGCCGUCAUCUCGGGUGUGGGCACUCGCGACUACUACAGGAGGCUCGGAUACUGGCUCGAUGGACCGUACAUGGUCAAGGACCUGGAGUUUGAGGAGUAG